GAAGGGUGAGGGGCAGAGGGUGGCAGGGGAGAGCUGGAGGCAGCCAGCUCAGGCUCCAGGCCCGUUCUCCCCGCCCCACAGGAGGGGCCCAACUGGGAGGGACGGUGGUUUAGGGCCUAGGGGCCACGUGACCCUUCCCCAGGAAUGCAGUGACAUCAUUGGGGGCGUGGCCGUCCCCAAAAUUGGGAAGGAAAGGAGGAAAGAAAAAAAAAAGCAAGAAAAAGUUUCUUUCCUGGAGUUGUAAAGGAAGAGGGGGGUCACACUCAGAGAUCCGGGGCUCUGAGGGGACCCCUGCUCCAGGCCAUGUCUGGGCCCACCUGGCUCCCUCCGAAGCAGCCGGAGCCCUCUAGAGCCCCUCCGGGGAGAGCAUUCCCCCGAGGGCCCCCGGGCCCGCCAUCAGCCCAUGGAGCAGCACUCCAGCCCCACCCCAGAGUCAAUUUUUGCCCCCUCCCAUCUGAGCAGUGUCACCAGGCCGUGGGGGGACCCGAGGAUUGGGGGCCAGCCUGGGGGGGGUCCCAUGGAGUGCCCCAGCGCCUGCAGGGGGUUCCCCCAGACAGAGGGGGUUCGUGCCCACGAAGUCUGGACGCUGAGAUGGACUCGCUGACCAGCAUGCUGGCUGAGUUGGAUGGGGGUCGUGGUCACGGGCCUCGGCGACCUGACAGACAGGUGUAUGAGCCCCUGUCGCCCCCACCCUACCCCACGGGCUCCCUGAAGUUGAACGGCGGGGCGGUACCAUCCCUGCAGCUCUCGGCCUCCCCCUAUGGGGGUCCCACCCCAGCCUCCUACACGACUGCCAGCACCCCUGCUGGCCCCGCUUUCCCCGUGCAAGUGAAGAUGGCGCAGCAAGUGCGCAGCUGUGGCCCGCCCCGGCGGGGGGCCUCGCAGGCUUCUGGGUCCCUCCUGGGCCCCCACCUCCCUCUCCCAGGCCGAGGUGAAGUGUGGGGGGCUGGCUACAGGAGCCCCCGGGAGGCAGGGCUCGGGGGAAAAGAGGAAGCCGCUGGGGACUCUGGCCUGGCAGGAGGAGCGAGAGGUGGCAGGUACGGGCCUCAGGUCCCCCUGAGCCAGCCUCCGGAGGAAGAGCUUGACAGGCUGACCAAGAAGUUGGUGCACGACAUGAACCACCCACCCAGCGGGGAUUACUUUGGCCGGUGCGGGGGCUGUGGAGAGGACGUGGUUGGGGAUGGGGCCGGCGUGGUGGCCCUGGACAGAGUCUUCCAUGUCAGCUGCUUUGUCUGCUCCACGUGCCGGGCCCAGCUGCGGGGCCAGCAUUUCUACGCCGUGGAGAGGCGGGCGUACUGUGAGAGCUGCUAUGUGGCCACCCUGGAGAAGUGCUCCACAUGCUCCCAGCCUAUCCUGGACCGGAUCCUGCGAGCGAUGGGGAAGGCAUACCACCCCGGCUGCUUCACCUGUGUGGUGUGCCGCCGUGGCCUUGACGGCAUCCCCUUCACGGUGGACGCCACCAGCCAGAUCCACUGCAUCGAGGACUUCCACAGGAAGUUCGCUCCGCGGUGCUCCGUGUGUGGCAGGGCCAUCAUGCCCGAGCCAGGUCAAGAGGAGACCGUGCGCAUCGUUGCCCUGGAUCGAAGUUUUCACAUUGGCUGUUACAAGUGUGAGGAGUGUGGGCUGCUGCUCUCCUCUGAGGGUGAGUGCCAAGGCUGCUACCCGCUGGAUGGGCACAUCUUAUGCAAGUCCUGCAGUGCCUGGCGCAUCCAGGAACUCUCGGCCACCGUCACCACCGACUGCUGAGGCUCCCCCACACCCUCUGCUCCACGGACUACCCUCCCCAAUGACUGCCUUGUCAUCCACUCUGUCUCCCCAUCCUCUGAUUGUGAAAUAAUAAUAACCCUCCCCGCCAGAGUUGA